AUGCGAUCCAGAAAAAACGAUAUUAGAGUUUCUCGUAAAUUUGUCCCGAAUCCUAUACUAAUAAAACCAGAAAUAAGAGAUAGAUGUGUUAGACCUACCAGGAGUACAAAAUCCAGUUCAAGGGAUGAAGUGAUUGACGAAACACCUACCUUGAACCAAGAGGUAGAGAAUAACAGUACUAAAGGUAGUCGCAUGCCUGCUAGCAAGAAAACUGUUGGCUCAAGUAGAGUGAGCUCUGCUCAGAAACUGAAGUUGUCUGAGUCGAAGCAGAGGCGCAAUGAGUUCGAUGAUAGCUCUUUAAUUUCUUCAGAUCAGAAGCGCAAACGGUCAGGAGCUGAGAAUUAUAUCAACAAAAGGUUCCUGUAUGACGUUGUAGAGCCGCCGAAACGUCGACAGAAAAAGUUCCUGCACUUCUCAGAUCGAUCAACAGCUGCUCUCAUGGCUGUUUCGUCUGCUAAUCUGCUUAGAAGACACAAGUCUAAGUCCAGGGUCUCUUUGCAGCAAUCAGGUGGCCGUGACCUGUUUUCGCAUGUGCGAAGCCGACACGGACGCCGCCUAAAGCCGAAGCAUGACUAUAGUCCUUCUCAAUCAGAUAACGAGCAUUCUGUGUACAAUCAGUCUUUCGUCGCGGACAGCCGGCGGCGUAUCAGAAAGAAAGUCUUGGCUCCCACAGUGAAAUCACGUUUGAAUUCCAAGUUGGAGCGUACUAACUGGUCAAAAAGUGAUGAAUGCAACAAAGGCUUUUACUCAUCCGAUGAACAAGAUGAUGGUGAACUCGAUGUAGUCCUUUCUCCUAAAGAUUAUUAUGCCGGUACAUCGUGUCUACCAACUUAUACUGAUGUGUUCAAUGACAUUCAGAAAAGAGGGAAUAUUCCUCAAGACGAAACUUCAGAUUUUAUGGACAAUUAUGGAAGACCUGAUCCAUCUGGACUGAAGAAUCGUGUGAACUCAAGGCGUGUACUCAGUCCAAACAGUAACCAAAAAGGUUCCACAAACUCGUUUUUACAUCCCACAGUUUUCCGUGAAGAUGGAAUUUCUUCAUCAGUUGAUCAUCAUCCCAGCGAUAUACUCGAUUUUUGCGCAAGUUCCAACUCAGAACAGUUUUCACGUGGAGGAACAGCAUCAGAGGACAUUAAUGGACGGGAAGACGAUGUGGGCUUAACAGAAUCACGUGGACUUAUAAGCAGACGCGUCCAGCAGGCUCAAGAUGAUCUGGAAGAAGACUUACUUGCCCCUGAACUUUCCUUAAUCACGGGUCCUAGUACUGUAGCUAGUCCUGAUGGUAUUUUGGUCUCAACUUUAACUGAUACUGGAACGGUAUUAUCUUGUAGUUCAGCCUCUGGAAGCAGUCGAAGAAAAUCUCCUGUUAGACCUAUGCAGGUGCUUAGAACUGUAUAUACCUCUACAUCAGCACCUACUAUUGCCUCACCAGCCAUGCUAGUCACAGGGUCAGAAAACAGCCCAUUUGUUUUUACUUCAUCAGUCGUCGCGAACACUAUGUAUACCAGACCUUCAGGAAUAGAGCUUGGGCAUGAUGGCGAUAUGCUGCCAUCUGGGAUGUGUUCCGUCCUUCCUGAUAACAAUACACAGUCAUUUAAUGAACCAAAUCAAUCUAUGGAAAAUAGUUUUAGCAUGAGCAUUUCUGAUUUGAAGAUUCACUCAUUAGGUGAUCAAUCACAUCAAAUUUCAUCUUCUGCUCCACCUUCCACAUUGUCAUCCUUCGCUUCUGUUGCACAAGUUUCUGUUUCCUCUGAUGGUGCUAGUGGAUCCAAAGGGAAUACUACGGUAUCAUCAGGCUUGCUGCCAUCGCUCCUUACUCAGCCAAACACGCGACCAGUCUCGGUUGUUCCACAGCCUAUCAUUUCCCGUGUUUUUAUGGCGCCAAGUACGACGCGUUCAGUGACGACUCCUGUUACAAAACCUGUUUUAUCUGUUUCUCAUUCCACCGUCAAUUCAGUUUCUGCUCGACGGCGCCCAACAAUUUUGAGACGAGCUCUGGGAACAGGCAUUAGCGCACCUGCCAACUCCUUGAUCACCUCACGCACAGUUUUUGAAACAUCAAAUACUGACACUGAUCAAUCAACUUCAAGUUCUAGCCGUCCAAUUACUAUGUUCAACUCUAAUGGUGCUUCACAACAGCAAAAGCCUAUUAGUUUAAUAACUACAGAAGAGCCCGGACCCUCUAGCAGUUUAAGUACUGCAACCCCCAAACUACUACAGCUAGUUACCACAUCUUCUACCCCUUCAGACUGCUUGAAUCCUAAUCAAACUGCUAGUGAUCGUUUGUUCGGCAAGCGUCCUGCUGCUUACAACAAAGUUUCAUCACAUACUCCUACAACUGUACCAAAUACAUCUCAGAAUUCCGGAACCGUUCAUCAAAGUCCAGCGCCGACAAAUACAAACAUUAACACUACAACUCCUUAUCGUUAUGCUGUUGUUCGAGGCUCUGCUGAUGGAAAGCAGUAUGUUUUAAUAAGCAAUCCCCGAGUAGUUGAUCAACCUGUACAUGAUCAACCAGUCGUGACAGUGAGCACAUCUGCAACAACUAACAGUACCCUUGAACCUAACUACGUUCAGACAUCUGUCGUUAGUAAGAAUCAUAAUUCCGAACAACUUUUCCCUCCUGAAUCGUGUAUAACGAGAGCUUUUAAAGUUGAGAUCAAUGGUGCACACCUUAUUCGAAUGAAUUCAGAUGGCCCCCCCAUAGCAGGAAGUGACCGACAGUUCAGAACAAUUUAUACUACUCCUCAAGGAGCUACAACUAUGGCAGCUACAUAA